CAUGUGUGCCUGUGCAAAAUCUACCACAAAUCACAUGUGGAACAAAUAUAGCAACAUUGUCCUGGACAAGAUCUUUAGGUGCAGACAGUUACAAUGCCAGUGUUACUGCCCCUGCGGAAACAACACAUUUCUGUUCUACAAAUACACAAGAGUGCAGUAUUAAUGGACUAAUGUGUGGUCAGAUAUACAGUGCAACUGUUUCAGCCAUCAACACUAACUGCAGCAGCCCACUGAGUGCCCCUGCUAAUGUCACAACAGUGCCCUGCAAGCCUCGCAAUGUUACUGCACAAAUUGAUUGUUCACGGUCUGUGGCCCAAAUAAGCUGGGCUUUAGCCCCUGGAGCUCUGCACUACACAUCCAUAUUGAGGACAUCAGAAGGUGUGGUGCUCAUGUGUAACAGCACUGAUCUGACCUGCGAGAUUGGCAGCCUGCAGUGUGGGCAGGUAUACACGGUGACAGUGACUGCAUUUAAUGACUAUUGUGCAAGCACACCAAGUUUUCCAGUAUAUUUGCAUUCUGUGCCAUGUGUGCCCACUGAAGUACAUCCUGAGGUCAACUGUGCAUCCAACGUAGCCACUGUGCAAUGGGCUGUAGCCAAAGGAGCUGUGAAUUACACUGUAACGGUAACCGGGCCACUUACAGAGAAGUAUAAAUGUCAAACAGCCAACACAUCAUGCAGUUUCCCCCAGCUUUCCUGCGGUUUGGAAUACAAUGCCUCAGUGGUUGCUGUGGGACACACAUGUAGCAGUGAUGGAAGUGCCGUGGCUAUAUUUUAUACUGUGCCCUGUGUCCCAACUGCUGUACAGGCAGGCGUCAACUGUGAUUCUAAUUUAGUAACCGUGACUUGGAAUUCAUCCCUUGGAGCCCUGAAUUACACUGCAGUACUAACUGGUCCCGAUGGAGAUAAGCACGUCUGCCAAGGGGUGAACACAAUGUGUAGCUUUUCCAAUCUCUCCUGUGGACUGGAGUAUAACACCACUGUCUCAGUACAGGGAUAUACAUGUAGCAGCCAAGCAAGUGCCACUGCUACAAUUCAUACUGUUCCAUGUAGAACAACAGAGCUAAAUAUGCAAUAUAACUGCAAUGAUGACAAUGCAGAGCUCUCCUGGAAAGCAGCCCUCGGAGCGUUGAGGUACACAGCUACUGUCAGCAUGCAAGACAUGGAAAAUGUGAACUGCAGCACAACACAAACAAGCUGUAUAGUCUAUGGUAUAAAUUGUGGGCAGAUAUACACUAUGACCGUGGAAACCUUUGGUGUAAAUUGCAACAACAACGUCACCUCAACAGUGACCUUUCCCACAGCUCCCUGUGUCCCUGAGCAGCAACCCCCACAGUACAGUUGUGAUACCAACACAGCAUCAUUGUCUUGGGGCAGAACACUAGGAGCAGCAAGAUAUAUCUCCAAUGUCACUGCUCCAAAUGUGGAGACACUCACCUGCAACACCAGCGCCAUGACUUGUAAUAUUACAGAUUUCCAUUGUGGGCAGGUAUACACCUCAACUGUCUCAGGCAUCAACACUCAGUGCAGAAGCCUAGAAAGUCUCCCUACUACAAUCACAACUGUUCCAUGCCAGCCACAGAAUGUGACUGCUACAAUAGACUGCACGGCUUCUGUUGCCACUGUGAGUUGGGAUAUUGCCCCAGGAGCCCUGAGAUACUCAGCAACAUUACAGGCAUCUGGAGGAGAGAUACUGAUGUGUAACAGCACUGAACGUGGCUGUCAGGUGAAAAACCUGCAGUGCGGGCAGAUUUACACUGUAACCGUAACCGCUUUUAAUGAAUGGUGUCAGAGUGCAUCCAGCUCUCCUAUAGCUUUUGAAUCAGUGCCAUGUGUGCCCACUGAAGUACAUCCUGUGGUCAACUGUGCAUCUAAUGUAGCCACUGUGCAAUGGGCUGUAGCCAAAGGAGCUGUGAAUUACACUGUAACAGUAACCGGGCCACUUACAGAGAAGUAUAAAUGUCAAACAGCCAACACAUCAUGCAGUUUCCCCCAGCUUUCCUGUGGUUUGCAAUACAAUGCUUCAGUGGUUGCUGUGGGACACACAUGUAGCAGUGAUGGAAGUGCCGUGGCUAUAUUUUAUACUGUGCCCUGUGUCCCAACUGCUGUACAGGCAGGCGUCAACUGUGAUUCUAAUUUAGUAACCGUGACUUGGAAUUCAUCCCUUGGAGCCCUGAAUUACACUGCAGUCCUAACUGGUCCCACUGGAGAUAAGCACAUCUGCCAUGGGGUGAACACAAUGUGUAGCUUUUCCAAUCUCUCUUGUGGAUUGGAGUACAACACCACUGUCUCAGCACAGGGAUAUACAUGUAGCAGCCAAGCAAGUGCCACUGCAACAAUUCAUACUGUUCCAUGUAGAACGACAGAGCUAAAUAUGCAAUAUAACUGCAAUGAUGACAAUGCAGAGCUCUCCUGGAAAGCAGCCCUCGGAGCGUUGAGGUACACAGCUACUGUCAGCAUGCAAGACAUGGAAAAUGUGAACUGCAGCACAACACAAACAAGCUGUAUAGUCUAUGGUAUAAAUUGUGGGCAGAUAUACACUAUGACCGUGGAAACCUUUGGUGUAAAUUGCAACAACAACGUCACCUCAACAGUGACCUUUCCAACAGCCCCCUGUGUCCCUGAGCAGCAACCCCCACAGUACAGUUGUGAUACCAACACAGCAUCAUUGUCUUGGGGCAGAACACUAGGAGCAGCAAGAUAUAUCUCCAAUGUCACUGCUCCAAAUGUGAAGACACUCACCUGCAACACCAGCGCCAUGACUUGUAAUAUUACAGAUUUCCAUUGUGGGCAGGUAUACACCUCAACUGUCUCAGGCAUCAACACUCAGUGCAGAAGCCUAGAAAGUGUCCCUACUACAAUCACAACUGUUCCAUGCCAGCCACAGAAUGUGACUGCUACAAUAGACUGCACGGCUUCUGUUGCCACUGUGAGUUGGGAUAUUGCCCCAGGAGCCCUGAGAUACUCAGCAACAUUACAGGCAUCUGGAGGAGAGAUACUGAUGUGUAACAGCACUGAACUUGGCUGUCAGGUGAAAAACCUGCAGUGCGGCCAGAUUUACACUGUAACUGUAACAGCUUUUAAUGAAUGGUGUCAGAGUGCGUCCAGCUCUCCUAUAGCUUUUGAAUCAGUGCCAUGUGUGCCCACUGAAGUACAUCCUGAGGUCAACUGUGCAUCUAAUGUAGCCACUGUGCAAUGGGCUGUAGCCAAAGGAGCUGUGAAUUACACUGUAACAGUAACCGGGCCACUUACAGAGAAGUAUAAAUGUCAAACAGCCAACACAUCAUGCAGUUUCCCCCAGCUUUCCUGCGGUUUGCAAUACAAUGCUUCAGUGGUUGCUGUGGGACACACAUGUAGCAGUGAUGGAAGUGCCGUGGCUAUAUUUUAUACUGUGCCCUGUGUCCCAAGUGCUAUACAGGCAGGCGUCACCUGUGAUUCUAAUUUAGUAACCGUGACUUGGAAUUCAUCCCUUGGAGCCCUGAAUUACACUGCAGUACUAACUGGUCCCGCUGGAGAUAAGCACGUCUGCCAAGGGGUGAACACAAUGUGUAGCUUUUCCAAUCUCUCCUGUGGACUGGAGUAUAACACCACUGUCUCAGCACAGGGAUAUACAUGUAGCAGCCAACCAAGUGCCACUGCAACAAUUCAGGCUGUUCCAUGUAGAACGACAGAGCUAAAUAUGCAAUAUAACUGCAAUGAUGACAAUGCAGAGCUCUCCUGGAAAGCAGCCCUCGGAGCGUUGAGGUACACAGCUACUGUCAGCAUGCAAGACAUGGAAAAUGUGAACUGCAGCACAAGACAAACAAGCUGUAUAGUCUAUGGUAUAAAUUGUGGGCAGAUAUACACUAUGACCGUGGAAACCUUUGGUGUAAAUUGCAACAACAACGUCACCUCAACAGUGACCUUUCCCACAGCUCCCUGUGUCCCUGAGCAGCAUCCCCCACAGUACAGUUGUGAUACCAACACAGCAUCAUUGUCUUGGGGCAGAACACUAGGAGCAGCAAGAUAUAUCUCCAAUGUCACUGCUCCAAAUGUGGAGACACUCACCUGCAACACCAGUGCCAUGACUUGUAAUAUUACAGAUUUCCAUUGUGGGCAGGUAUACACCUCAACUGUCUCAGGCAUCAGCACUCAGUGCAGAAGCCUAGAAAGUCUCCCUACUACAAUCACAACUGUUCCAUGCCAGCCACAGAAUGUGACUGCUACAAUAGACUGCACGGCUUCUGUUGCCACUGUGAGUUGGGAUAUUGCCCCAGGAGCCCUGAGAUACUCAGCAACAUUACAGGCAUCUGGAGGAGAGAUACUGAUGUGUAACAGCACUGAACUUGGCUGUCAGGUUAAAAACCUGCAAUGCGGGCAGAUUUACACUGUAACUGUAACAGCUUUUAAUGAAUGGUGUCAGAGUGCAUCCAGCUCUCCUAUAGCUCUUAUAUCAGUUCCCUGUGUACCCACCAAAGUGCAGGCUGACAUAAGCUGUGAGUCUAAUGUAGUAAAUGUGUCUUGGGCUGUAACCCCAGGAGCCGUGAAUUACACUGCAGUGACAUCUGGACCCCAGGGGCAACAAUUCAUCUGCCAUGCACUGAACAGAGCAUGCACUUUCCCACGGCUAGCCUGCGGUACUGAGUACAAUGUUACCAUUGCUGCAGUGGGAAAUACCUGCAGCAGUGCCUUCAGCCAGCCCAUAAGUGUUCAGACAGUGCCGUGCCAACCAAAGAAUAUAAGCGCACAAAUGAUUUGCAGCAGUUCUGUGGCUAGUGUUAGCUGGUAUAAAACUUCUGGAGCCCUAAGGUAUUUGUCCACAUUAACAUCAUCUAGAGGUGUGGAGCUCACAUGCAACAGCACCAAUCUGGGAUGUGAAGUUGGCAGCCUUCGGUGUGGAGAAUCGUACAGCGUGUCAGUGAGUGCUUUUAAUAAUGAGUGUGAAGGUGCGCCUAGUGUUCCAACAGAAUUACUCUCAGUGCCCUGUGUGCCAAGCCAUGUCCAGGCAAAGGUCAGUUGCACCUCUAACAACACCAUCAUGUCUUGGGCAGCAGCUGAGGGAGCUGUUAAUUACAUUGGGUUACUGACUGGAGCACACGGAGAAGAGUAUGAAUGUCAAGAAGUUGGCACAUCAUGUAAUUUUACCCAGCUUUCCUGUGGCUUAGAAUAUAAUGCCACUGUUUUCUCAGUGGGGCACACAUGUAGCAGUAAUUCCAGUGAAGCCAUUACAGUUUAUACAACUCCCUGUCUUGCAAAUGACUUACACAUGCAAUAUCAGUGUGGUGAUGACCAUGCAACACUCUCAUGGGGAGCAACCCUUGGAGCACUGAUGUACAUAGCCUCUGUCACAACACAACACGGGGAGACUUUGUACUGCAACUCAACAACAACAAGCUGUGUAGUGAGCAAUAUAAAGUGUGGCAAGAAAUACAACAUGACUGUGGAGUCCGUUGGUAGAACUUGCAGAAGCAAAGUCACCUUUGCAGGGAUCUUCUCAACAGGGCCAUGUGUGCCUCAGAAUUUCACUGCCGUGACUGAUUGUGAGGUCAACAGUGCAGUUCUGUCUUGGAGCAAAACCCCGGGGGCUCUGAAUUACACAGCGUUGGCAAUAGGGCCAGAUGGGAAAAACUUCACUUGUGACACAGAGUCAACCACAUGCAGGAUCCCUUCUUUGCACUGUGGUUUCACAUACAAUGUCAGUGUAAUCGCGUUAAAUGAGCAAUGUGUCGGGGAGAGCAGCACUGUUUUACAGCUUAUUACAGCACCCUGUGCUCCCGAAACUCUCCAAGCAGAGGUGGGCUGUGUCGCAAGCUCUAUCACUUUGUCCUGGGAGCAGAUGGCCGAUGCACAUUCUUUUACAUCCUACCUGACCGGACAUGAUGGCCUUACUCAGACUUGCAAUUCAACAGAGAAGAAAUGUGUUUUCCUAAACUUGCCAUGUGGACAGAUAUACUCAGCAACUGUAUCUGCUUUUAACAGUCAGUGCACUGGGCCAAUAAGCAAUGCUAUAAGCAUCGAAACUGCUCCAUGUAUUCCUACUGGCAUAAAGAUAGAUCCCUUGUGUGGGACCGAAAUGGAGUCAUUGUGGUGGAACACUGUUCCCGGGGCUGAUAUGUAUUAUGCAGAGGUGACUGGCGUGAAUGAGUGGACAAGUGAGUGCAUCACUCAAAACAGAACCUGUAACAUCACUGGAUUGGCGUGUGGCCAGCCCUACAACAUAACUUUAACAGCAUCCAACUCCAGGUGCAACAGCACAGCCAGACCAGUCACAUUUUACACAGCUCCUUGUGUUCCAUCCAAUAUAAAUGCAGUGGUAGUUUGUGGAAUGAAUACGGCAGAUAUCUCAUGGGCUCCAACGAAGGGGGCUUUGAAUUACAGUGCAACAGUUGUAGGUCGCAGUGGAAAAUAUUCAUGCAGUACAAAAGAAUUAACCUGCAACGCUGAACUGCCACAAUGUGGCCAAACCUACACUGUUACAGUCACUGCUGUUCAUGACCAGUGUAGCACUGAGAGUUUAGCCCUGCAGUUUCACAGCGCACCCUGCAGACCAGAAAAUGUGGCAGCCAUCAUAAACUGUGAUAACAGCACUGCGUCUGUGACCUGGGACUCAGCUGCUGGAGCACAAAGCUACAUCUCAAACAUCAGUGGUCCAAAUGGAGAGGCGCAUUCCUGUAACACCACACUAAGCACUUGUGAUGUCGGCGGCAUGCAAUGUGGCCAUAUUUACAAUGUCACUGUCACGGCAGUUAAUGAACAAUGUUCUAAUUUGUCCAGUGUCCUUGCUCAGCUAAAGACUGGUCCAUGUGUUCCACAGAUUCUGGACGUGAAUUUCAAUUGUGCUAUGGAUUUUGCCACACUUUCUUGGGGGGUUACACCCGGGGCAGAAAGCUAUGAAGCAAUCCUAAUUGACAGCAGUGGAAGGAUACUGGCCUGCAACACGACAGAUCAAAUUUGUGAUAUCAGUGAGCUAAUAUGUGGGGAAAAUUAUAAUGCUACUGUCAUAGCGCUAAAUGACCAAUGCACUAGUGAACACAGUCCUACUGUCAUGGUUCAUGCAGUUCCCUGCCCCCCUGAUAACAUUAACACUUCAAUCUACCAUGCAAAUGUAAAGCCACAGGAAGUAAGGGUGUCCUGGUCAAGUAGCCACUGUGGCAUUGAAUAUAUGGCCACUCUUCAGGGUGCCCCAGACUCCAUAUUUACACUGGAAUCCUAUUGGACACCCUACAUGGAAUUUUUUAUACCAGUGCCCUGCAGUUCCUCUUUUAAUGCUACUGUUAUGGCUAGGAACGGAGCUGGAGCGAGCCGUCCCAGUGUUCCUGUACAAGGUUAUACAGCACCGUGUCCUCCACAAGUGAAUGUAGCAGAGGUGUAUGGCGAAACAAUGCGGAUUUCCUGGUCGCAGUCAGUGAACACGGAGGAGUACAGAGUACUGAAUGCUGCUACUAAUGCCACACUCUGCGUAACUGCCAGCUUGGCUUGUGAGAUUCCCUUCACAGAAAAUGUUCUUUUAGUUAUUGCAGUGAAUCUCUCCGGAGAGAGCGAUCCAUCCAUCCUUCCUGGCUAUAAUAGAACAGCAACUCCAUAAUCGGCGCUUUACUGUACUGCAACACGUAUAUUCUGCUGCUAAUAGUCAGCUAUCAAUUGGUCAUAUCAGCUCCACUGCACAGCACUGUCAGCAAGGGAUGCUGUGGUUCUUGUCUUUGAUUAGACAUUCAGGCAACUAUGCACUUUUAUAUACUGAUUUCUUUCCAAUACCUCAAACUGCUGUCAUUUAAUAAAUCUUUAACCUAUAAA